CUCCAUAAAAACAUUUUCUAACAGAACUAAUGAAAGAAAUAAAGAAAUUCCAGUGACCCAUAACUUUAUUGAAUUCCGAUUGUCAAUCCAGAUUCGUAUCUGCAACUCGGAUCUGGUGCGUGCUUGAUCGGUCGCCGGUGAACCUCCUCAGCAAAUGGCUGGCGCCGCCUCGGCGCUUUUCCUUCUUGACAUCAAAGGACGUGUCUUGAUUUGGCGCGAUUAUCGCGGCGAUGUCUCUGCUAUUCAAGCCGAGCGCUUCUUCACCAAGCUUAUCGAGAAAGACGGUGAUCCACAGUCACAAGAUCCUGUGGUAUACGACAGUGGUGUGUCAUACAUGUUUAUACAACACAACAAUGUUUACUUGAUGGCGGCAUCGAGGCAGAAUUGCAAUGCUGCCAGUAUUCUGCUAUUUUUGCAUCGUGUAGUUGAUGUGUUUAAACAUUAUUUUGAAGAAUUAGAAGAGGAAUCUUUGAGAGAUAAUUUUGUGGUUGUGUACGAGUUACUUGAUGAAAUAAUGGACUUCGGUUUCCCGCAAUUCACUGAGGCUAAGAUUCUGAGUGAGUUUAUUAAGACUGAUGCCUAUAGGAUGGAAGUUACACAGCGUCCUCCCAUGGCUGUGACAAACGCAGUAUCAUGGCGCAGUGAAGGGAUACGGUAUAAGAAAAAUGAAGUUUUUCUGGAUGUUGUGGAAAGUGUCAAUAUACUUGUCAACAGCAAUGGGCAAAUUAUACGUUCAGAUGUUGUAGGAGCUUUAAAGAUGAGAACAUAUUUGAGUGGUAUGCCUGAGUGCAAACUCGGCUUAAAUGAUAGAGUACUAUUGGAGGCCCAAGGUCGAACAACCAAAGGGAAAGCCAUUGAUCUGGAUGAUACCAAGUUUCAUCAGUGUGUACGCUUGGCUCGCUUUGAAAAUGAUAGGACAAUAUCCUUCAUUCCCCCUGAUGGAUCCUUUGAUCUCAUGACAUACAGACUCAGUACUCAGGUGAAACCUCUCAUUUGGGUGGAAGCUCAAGUUGAAAAGCAUUCUAGAAGUCGCAUUGAAAUUAUGGUGAAAGCACGGAGCCAGUUUAAGGAGCGCAGCACUGCAACAAAUGUUGAAAUCGAGUUGCCUGUCCCAUCUGAUUCUACAAAUCCUAAUGUUCGGACAUCAAUGGGGUCAGCAGCAUAUGCUCCUGAGAAUGAUGCUUUGGUCUGGAAGAUCAAAUCUUUCCCGGGUAAUAGGGAGUAUAUGUUGAGGGCUGAGUUUAGUCUUCCUAGUAUAACAGCUGAAGAAGCAACUCCUGAUAGAAAGGCUCCCAUCCGUGUGAAGUUUGAGAUACCAUAUUUUACUGUCUCAGGGAUUCAGGUUCGAUACUUAAAGAUCAUUGAAAAAUCCGGAUACCAGGCUCUUCCAUGGGUGAGAUACAUAACAAUGGCUGGUGAAUAUGAAUUAAGACUAAUGUAAAGGUCCAUAUAUGUAACUCCUAUUAUGAAUCUCGUAAAUAUAUCAUAUGGCUUGGGAACUGCUUGGUGGUAAAGCCUCUCAUUGGAGAUGUUCUCAAAAUUUUGGUUUCUGUAGUAAGGUCCUUGCUUUUCAUUAUUUUAUUUUAAACAUUAUGCUUUAAUUAUCGUUUGAAUGUAACAUUUGUUUUAGGGUGUACUGAUCUCCCAAAAAGUUUGUUCAAUUAUUUUCUGCGGGAACAAAUAAUGUUUGUUGUAAAAUUGAGCAGUGGGUGCUUUCUUAUA